AUGGGCAACGAACAAUCUAUCCCGAUUGACGAACAUGUCCGACCCAAGACUCUGGAAAGCCGCACUUUGGAAGCUGUUGCCAAGUAUAUCAAGGAGAAGGAUGUCAAGAAGAUAGUGGUCAUGGUUGGUGCCGGCAUCAGCACUGCAGCGGGCAUACCCGAUUUUCGGUCCCCCGACACUGGAAUAUAUGCCAACCUUGCUCGCCUUAACCUCCCUACUCCUGAAGCAGUGUUUGAUAUUGAAUACUUUCGCACCGAUCCACGUCCCUUUUAUGCGUUGACCAAGGAAAUGCUUCCUGGGAAGGCCAAACCGACCCUGACGCACUCAUUCAUAAAGCUGCUUUACGACAAAGGUCGGCUACUGAAGCUUUUCACACAAAACAUUGAUUGUUUAGAGCGGGAGGCGGGUAUACCUCCCGAGAUGAUUGUCGAGGCACAUGGAAGCUUUGCUACCCAGAGCUGCAUUGAAUGCAAAUCGCCGUAUCCAGCGGACUUGAUGCAAAAAGCCAUUGAGGCCAAUGAUGUCCCGCUCUGCCCUGGAUGUUUGAAUCUGGUAAAGCCGGAUGUAGUGUUCUUUGGUGAGCCACUACCAAGCACCUUUCUCCUAAACCGUACACUUCCAGCGGCAGCAGACCUAUGCAUUGUCAUGGGAACGAGCUUGACUGUUCGGCCGUUUUCGAGUUUACCAAGCCUAUGCCGAGAUGAAACGCCCCGUAUUCUCAUCAAUUUGACCCAAGCUGGUGGACUUGGAUCUCGGCCUGAUGACGUCUUGGUUCUGGGCGAAUGCGAUGAUGGUGUCAUGAAGCUCGCCGAAGCUCUUGGUUGGCGCGAGGAACUAGAAGCCCUCUGGGCCAAAGUGAACCCCGAAAAGGCGUCCAAAGCGCCUCGGGAGAAGAGAACGACGCCGAUAACUAAGGAUGAACACCUUAAGGAGGAAGUUGACAAGCUCACCGAAGAAGUUGGCCACGCCUUGGACGUCUCACAGGCACAUGAAGAACGCGUCCGCGCACAGCUACAGGCAAUCGAUGUCAAGGAGCGCCGUGAAGCUGGGGCAAAUGAACAAGAAGGGAACAUAAUGCAGUCAAGUAACCCUCCAACCAACAGAGAUGCCGCGAAGCCAGCAAAUAAAGAAAAUGAUGCUAACGCGGGCACUGAAGCCAAUGCGGCGGAAAAGCUGCCGGAAAAUUCGAAGCCCAAUCCAUCGCUAUGA